GUUGUGCAGGGGAUGAAACAGGGAAGGUUUGGAGCGCGUCAUCGGCGUCAGGGGAAGCACGCACACACACUGUGUGUGUGCGCGCCGCUUACAACCCCGUUUGCUGACUCGCUCACUUCGCUUACUUGCCGCCCUCCCCCACCGCCCGACCAACACCAACCAGUGCCAGUGCACUCACCCCUCAAUCGGUCGGGGUUGGCUCGGGUUCGAAAAUUUCAUUCGCACGUGGAGGUACGGCACAACGUUUCGCUGUACGCGAGUCUUCUUUGCCCGUUUCGCCCACCCCUCCUCCAAGUCGGUUGCGUGCGUGUCCUGCGUCUUCGUUGUCUUGCGCACGAGCGUUCGGCCAGCGGUUCCAGAAGCCGAAGGUACGGCACAACAUUUCGGCAGCAUUUGGUGGCGCGUGAAUAUUGUUCUUUUCGGCACAGACUUCUUUUUCGCAGCUUUUCACAUUCUUUCCCUUUGCCACCGGGACCACCCCUCUCUUUGCCACCCCAUCCACCCCUUUUCCGUCCACAUUUACCAUUGCUGUCUGCUGCUGGCCAUCGAUUCACCAUUGCCAUGCCAUGACACAAAAGAAGUUGUUUUUGAGUUGCAAUUUUUCGGUUUUGCCCACAAAAAAACAAACGAAAAAAUCAAGAAAAGAACUACGGAUAGGGUGCUUAAUGUAUGGUCAAAUCAUCGUUAUAAUCUUAUGAAGGUUGCAUAUUUUUCUGUACAUGCGUCUGUUCAAUUCAUUUGCCAAUUCGAUUCUUUCUUAACUUUUAUUGAGCUGCUUUUUAAUAAUUUUGCUCUGGGGUUUUUCUGUUUUCGUUGUACUUGCAAAUUAAACCUUCUCAAACAACAUCAAACGGGACAGAACAUAAAAUUGUAAUAAUGCUCCAACAGUGGAUCGACUUCCGCACAGCGGUUGGUUGCCCGAUCUGUGUUUCUUGUAGUUGGUGUGUUUUUUUUUUGGUUGUUAUAGGUAUUAUUUAUUUACCAAACAUUGCAAAAUGGGGCCGUACACCUUCUUGUUCGGAAAUGAAAGGUGUUUCACAGCGCAAUUUUAGAUUUCACUUCACUUUGUUGAUGGGCUAUUUUAUGAAACAGAAAAACCUUCGAAACAACAGACAUACAAAUUCCAAAAGAACGGUCAAAUGGACACACGGGGAAAACAGGCCAUGGAUCGUUUCGGGAUCGUAGUUUUCGUUUCGCUCGCAUUAAAUGUGAUAACGUGGCAAUUGCGUGGUUUGAGUAAAAUAUACGAACGCAAAGAUAAUGCUAAUUGGCGAAAAGAAACCUAGAGAACAGUCCAGAACUAAAUCCAAAUAUUCAGUUGUGAAAUGUAUGCAUUUUUGGGUGUUUUAUUAAUAUUUGUUCGGGGGAUUUGUUGAUGAUGAGAAGUUUGUUAAAUCAUGCAUGUUAUAGUGAAGAUAUGUUAAAUCAACCAAAAGAUGCUAUAGAUCGUAGAAUAUAAGUUUUCCGACCACUGGAUGCAUGUCGAUGCCAUGGUUAUUUAAGUAACUGGGCAUGGUUAUUUAAGUAACUUUCCCACGUCAGUAACGCCGAUAAGAUGGAGGAAAAAAGAGUUAGAAUUAAUUGACGAUUAAGUAAUCAUUUCGUGAUAACCAACCACUGGGGCUUUGAGAAAGGUGAAGAUAACAGAGGUGAUCUGACCAUUUGUUUUCUACGUAGUUAGGUUUUGCACCAUGUCCAUGACCAACGCAGUACAAUGCCGGUUGGGUGUCGUUUUUUGUGCCUUCCAAUCGUUGUAACCUUGUUAUCAUUUGCUCGCAAUAAAUACCGACACACUUCGCGACUCUUCCUUUAUUGAGUGUUAAAAAAUUGAAGUCCUAAACCGAGCCAAAAAAAAAAGAAGCAAAAUAGGAAAAACCCCCACAAUCGGUAUCAAGUUGCCUUCCGCCUUUUUAGCCAGAUUUGCUUCUAGAUUUGCCACCGAAUUGGGAAGCCUAUUUCGAGGGGGGGAUUUUGUGGUCAACUCCUCCCUUCCCAGCUUCGGUUACUGGGCAGAAACUGUAACGGGUGGCCACCCGGUUUUUUUUUUGGGAUUCGGAUUGGCCUCGUCCAAGCAAGCACGGAACCGGUUGCUGUCCCGCAAAACACCAUUCUGCUGUAUAUCCUGCUAGCUUUGUUGGGUGAGGGUUUUGGUGUUGCCAUUUCCUAGCGCUUUGGCGAAAAGAGAAGGUACAUUUGAUAGGGGAUCUUUGUGGGGCGCUGCCAACCAUUUGCACAGCGACACCGGGGAGGACACCUUGCUGUCAAUGCUUGGUGAAAUGGAGUCUGGUGAGAGGUAUCUGAUCUUAGGCAUAGUCAAAAAAGAAGGCGGAGAAUUUUCGUUUCGGUUUAAGUAAAAAGAAAACGAAUUGUUAGCCUUAUUUUUUUUGUUUGACCAUUUGUUCGGUUUUAUUUUAUUUUUUUUUUUCAAGACAACCCGUUUAGAUUGCAAAGAAUCUGUACCUUUCAGUAGAUGCUGAUGUUGAUUUAAUUCGUCAAAAUGGUCACAGUAUUAUAAAACUUAUUGCAAAGCAGUAAAAAUGUUUAAUGAUCGUUAGUAUUUCGCUGUCUUUCAGUAUGCGAUCGAACUUAAUCGUUGAUGAACUUAAUCGUUUCGUGGAAGUGUUUACAAGAUUUCGAUUACUGUUGAGCACUAGCAUUUGAUUUCAGCUUCAGUGUUCCUUCUACGGUACUAAUUCGAAUGCAACGACAAUUUUCUUUUCAUCUUUGCCGGCAACCAGAUCUUUCGAAGAACAUCUUUGCGUACACAACAAAUAUGAUUGUGAUUGUCUGUGAGUCCCCAGAUAGGGAAGCGGUGAUUUGCAAAAAUGUGGUGUGAAAAUUUCAUAUUACUGCUCUGCUUGUUUUUCUACCCACUUUUAGACCUAUAAAAAUUGUGUACGAUGUUUAAUUAGGUGCUGCUUCAACGCGGAACUUCCUAAUUUGUUCGGUCCGUCAAUCACGCACGUUAAAGUGUAUUCUGCUCGCGCGCGCAUUUCGAACUAUCGACCUUCUAUUUGCUUUUCCGAUAAGAAUGAUUCUCGCCGGCAUGGAUUCUAGGGGGUUAUCCAUGAGGUGAUCUGCUGGGACUCCAUGUGUUGGGAUGAAACUGAACUGAACUCCUGGCUGGUGGUGCUGUUGCUGCUAAUUAUUUCAUAAGCGGAGAAACAGAAGAGCUGCGCAUUUCAAAAGUAUUUCGAAAGCCGCAUCAACUGACACAACAUUGAGGAUUUAAGGCUAUCUUAGGUCAAGGCUCGUUUGUAGUGUAGCUCCAUCAUUAGCAAAAAUGUGUAAUAUAUGAUUGUGGGAUAUAUUGGAAUAAAUGUAGCUGGAAGAUACUUUUCAGUAUUUAAAUCAUAAUUUUUGUGUACUCUGCGUUUGUGUUAUGGAAUAUUUUAUGCUAUGGCAUGUAAUAUUGUGGCAUUUGGUUUGAGACCAAUUCGCAUUUCGUAUUUCUCGGCCAACAUUUUUAUUAUUUUCCUAAUGGAUUUUGAGAAAAAAAUGAAUAAAACCAUCGAAUCCGCCUGUGUUUUAGUUGUCUCAAGGGAAGGGAAAUUCUACCCAAAAUUCGAUUUAGUGAAAUUCGACAAAUAAAAAAAAAGUUUCAUCUUUUAUUCGUCAAAUAAAAUAAUUGAUAAAUUUAAAUAUUAUAACUUUUUUCUCUCUUUUCUGUGUUAAUCUAUGUCUAAAUUUAAGUAGUGUUAAAUAUUUUUAGACGAUCUAAGAUACUUUUAACCAAAAAUCUGCUGAAGUGUUCAAUUAUAAAUUUAUGAAAAUGCCUUUAUUCUCGACUUCUUGUAGUUUCUCAAGUUAUACAAAUUGAUCACGAUAAAAUGCAUAUAAUGCAUAGGGCAUACUGGGCUAGCCAUCGCAGGGGAAAAGGUAAAACCGAACGUGAAACGAAAAUGGUCGAAAAUACCCGACGACAAACAGCCGAAGUUAACACACGAACCACAAACCCGACCGUCCGUGCGAUGUUUUCCGAAAUGCAAACUGUUCGUCAUGUUUGGCCGCACCGGAAUGGGACCAAGCAAGGAGGGGAGACACGGUAGAGAACUCGAAACGAAACGAGAUAGCACAUGUGAAAGAUGUUACAUCUCUUUCCUUUGCCCGGUAUGCUGCCUGCUUUUGUGGGGGGAGAACUGGGAAGCAACCGAAGACAAAACAGUCAUGUUCCAAAUUCAAGCGCAGCCGAAAAACGAUCCACCACGCAGCAACAUCACACUGUUUCGGCGAGGGUGGCCUCGUGGAAAUGUUUUCUUGCUGCCUGCUUUCAUUCAAGCAGGAAUUCUUCGCAGUCACACUUCGGUUCGGUAACGCCAAUAAAAAAAAACCGCGCUCGAUAGAAGCAUGUAGCUUGUACCGUUUUGAAAAGGACUUCAAUCGCCUGGAAGAAACGAACACCACGGCGUGCAGUUUUGUGCUAAAUUUGCGUUAAUAUGAAAAAACGCAGAUAUUCCUAGUUUCACUCUUGGAAAAAUUAACGCAAGAAGUUUUAUAUUAAACAUAGCAGUAGCAAGUGGUUGGUUGAAAGUGAAACAAAAGCAGAGCAAAAUCACCAGUGAAACAUGUCUGUACAGUGAAAUUGAAGAAAGUAUGCUGAAGAAGGUUUCAUAAUCCAUGUUACAGUGUAUGAUAGUUCCUAUAAUCUGUAACGGUGGUGAUACAUGUCUGAUUUAUUGCUAAAUUGCGUUCUGUAGAUUGAAUAGAUAGUGUAUUUCAAUAAGACAAAUCGAAAGCGCCAACAUUCGUGAGGAUUUGUUUGCUGUGAAGAAAAGAUCCAAAAGUGUAACCAAGCUACGUUACUGUAACGCAUUGUGCAAAUGUUGUAACUGUGUAAAAGCGAAAAGCAUUCGCAUAAUUUAGUGUUAAGUACAAGGGUAUAAGCAUUUAUGUACCUGAAUGUACGAUUACAUUUAAAGCAUGAAGAAAGGUGUAGAAACGGCAACAUCAACAAAAGUGGUCGCUGCGGCAGCUGCAGCCGCGGCCAGUUUAGCAGAAAAUGUUGAUCUCUGGGCACAACAGGACUGGAUCAAAAGUAUCCUAUCGAAAUCGGGCACAGAAAUAAAGGAAGUUCCAGCUGAAGAUUUAUGCAAAAUGGUGUAUUACUCCGGCCUGCCAUUGCUUAUGACGCAACAACAGCAGCAGCAACAGCAACAACAACAUGGUCCAGAUGGUACAAUACUGCAGCUAAACUACAACGAUGCAAAUAGUGCGGAACAGUAUGCGAUACCGGGACAAUCGUCUCGCAACGGUGCCUUGAAUGGUUACCAGCAGCAGCAACAACAUCACACGAUCAGCCUCACUAAUGGGCUUACGAUCAGUAAUGGACCGCAGAGUUGUAGCAGCAGCAGCAGUAGCAGCAGUAACGGUAAUGGCAAUAAUAGUAACGGCCAGUUGACAAUUAUGCUGAAUCCACCUGCGCAGGGCCAGCCAACAAACUUAGGCUCUUCGAUUGUGCCAGGAACCUAUGGAGCACCAAUGUCUCCACUGGAGGAAAGAAGAACAUCCUCUUCUCCGGAGCAAUCUUCGUACACGGUGCAGAUGACUAGUCCUACAGUCAGCUCCAAAUUCCGCUGUGAGCAGUGCAACAUUAGCUUUGGCAGCAAAAGCGCUCACACCAGCCAUAUGAAAUCUCAUGCCAAGCAGCAACAAGCGAACGACAAGGUUUCCGGUGCCAAGCUUGCUGAAGCAGCGAUAACGGCGAACGGUGUUGGCAGCACCGGGACCGGUUCACCCGGCACCCAACAACCCGAUCCGUACCAGUGUGAUGUGUGCAAGAAAACGUUUGCUGUGCCGGCACGGUUAGUGCGUCACUAUCGUACCCACACCGGUGAGCGACCGUUUGAGUGCGAAUUUUGCCAUAAGAUGUUUAGCGUGAAGGAGAAUCUGCAGGUGCAUCGGCGGAUUCACACGAAGGAACGGCCGUACAAGUGUGAGAUUUGUGGCCGAGCGUUCGAGCACAGUGGAAAGCUGCACCGGCACAUGCGUAUUCAUACCGGCGAGCGACCACACAAAUGCAACGUAUGUGGGAAAACAUUCAUUCAGUCGGGCCAGCUUGUCAUUCACAUGCGAACACACACCGGUGAAAAACCAUACAAAUGCCCAGUGGAGGGUUGUGGUAAAGGAUUUACAUGUAGCAAACAGUUGAAGGUCCACUCCCGGACGCAUACGGGCGAAAAGCCGUACCAUUGUGAUAUCUGUUUCCGGGACUUUGGCUACAAUCAUGUGCUGAAGCUACAUCGCGUGCAACACUACGGAGCCAAGUGCUACAAGUGCACGAUUUGUGACGAAACCUUUAAGAGCAAGAAGGAAAUGGAGGCUCACAUUAAAGGUCACGCCAACGAACUGCCGGAUGAUGAGGAAGCUACGGAAGGUGGAUGCAAGCAGGAGGACGUUUCGGCUGCCGGAACUGAACGGUCAGCACCAUCCUCAACCUUGGAGGGCACGAGUGGCAAUAGUAACAGCAACAGCAACAGUUCGUUCGAGUAUGCUUCCAGCAUGAGCCACACCGAGGGUACGGAACAUACACCGUCUAGUGAUGAGCCUUCGGGACACGGUUCGGGUGUGGGUCGUUUUACGAUCCUGAAAUCAUCAUCACCUUCCCCACCCUCGACUGUAUCGUCCGUGGGAGUGAACGACGAUGGUCAGCUGGCCAGCGUUGACGAGGAGGAUGACGACGAAGACGAUGCGGAGGAGGAAGAUAUCGAUCGUAAGCAAGUUUCUCCGUACGCUGGCAUGGGUCAAUCGUUCGAUCAGUCGCUACAGUGCGCCUAUGGUAGUAUGCCGACCGGUGGUGUUGCUCCAGCCCUGCUUGCAGCAGCUUCGAUUGCGGCCGCCGUAGAAAAUGGCUGCACGGAAGUAAAAUUCUGUCCCGACAUAAAGCCGCAGCGUUCGAUCUCACCAGUACAACCGGCUGCACUUUCGAUGAGCCGUGUCACACCACCACCAUCCUCUGGUUCAUCAUCCUCUUCCUCCUCGUCGUCAUCGGUUCUGUCAAUCCCACCGGCCGUAGGUGCUUCGUCUACGCUUCACGAACCAACCGGCACGGGUGUAACGUCCGCCGUAACCGGACAAUUCAUGUACGAACCAUUAGCCAUUAUGAAGCACCAUGGAUACUUUGCACCAGCAUCGCAAAUUACAGAAUAUCGUUCAUCCAGUGAUAUUGUGCGUCAGGUGGAAGCGGCCAUUGCCGGUACGGAAAAUCUGCUCACUCCACCGCGUUCCUCUCCGGAGUCACCGGACCGCUCAUCCUCACCCGAGUCCGAUUCAGUAUUAAUGGCCGACAGGGACAACAACACGUUGCCACCGCGCAAGCGGAAACUGUACUUCAAGGACAGCCAGCAGCCACCGUCCGGUCCGAAGAUGGUUUUGGUUGAUGCUGCGACAUCGCAACAUUACGGUGUCGCACAACAAACGAUCGGUUUGCAACAGCAACAGCAACCGCAGCAGCAGCAGCAGCAACAAACCAUACCCCUGGAUGUUCAGUCCGGCCAUCAACAGCAUUUCCAUCACCAUCAAAUUUUGCAACAGCGGCACACAUCGGAGAACCACCAUAUGUCACAUCAGCCACACUAUCCUUCACACCAGCAACGGCCGGAAGAGGAACGAACCGUGAAGCUUGAAGUGCUGCAGAAUGUAUCCCCGAGCCAUCGCGAACAGCAGCGGCAACCAUCGCCAACACCAACACAACCUCAGACAACGGUAGCCACCUCCGUUAUACGGAUGAGCUCCGUUAUCCAGUACGCGAAUAAGUCAUCGUAGAGUUUAGGGAUGAUUCGAGUAGCAGCCAGUACGUUGACGGCUUUCUGCCCGGACACACACUCACCCGAUAGUGUUGAUAGUGGUAGUAAUAUUUAUAUUAUUCGUUUUUUUUGUUUGUUUUGUUUUUUUAUUUUCGCCACUCCGUAACACCUUAAAGCGGAACUAAGUGUAAACAACCGAUAACCUCACGCGAAAGGAAUGGAGAAUGAACACACUCUCACCACGUGUGUUAAAUUCGAACUCAGCUAGUACGUACGAAGUUAAUAGUUUAGAUUGCACAUGCACACUCGGUAAGCCGUUAUAGGCAAGAACAAGACUGUCUCAGGUUUAAAAAAGUGGUGGUCUCCCCUCCCCCUGUAUGGAAGUUAAUUUAUAAAUUAUUAUAUUCUAUGUAUAAUGUAACCGCACUUGGCGAACAGCGUUAACGUUCUGUUUAAUUGUGAGUCCUAUUUGCUGUUUUGUUUUUCUUUCUUCUUGUUCUUGUAGAAACAAAUCGCGUUGAUGACCUAUGACCAGCGAACAGUUGCGAGAGUGUUCGAUGUGAUAGGAAUAGGGAAGGGACCGAUUUAUUGAAAGAGAGGAUCAGUAGUAAGAAACGAAAAGGAAGGAUGAAAUAACACCCCAAAAAACACUAAAGAAUAUAACGUUGCAACAAACGCGGAUAAGGCGAAAGUGAGCUCUGGGAGACACACAGAUACACACACAUUGCGAUGAAGGAAGGAGUUGAAAUGGAAUCGUUAAAGACUGUUGAUCAUUGUCAAAUGUUUUGCAAAGAAGAGAAAUCGUAUAGUUUUGUAAGCGUGGGGGACAGUAGUAGUAGUCAGUUAAUAAAGAGGGAGAGAGAAAAAGAAAGCAGAAAAGAAAGGAAGAGGUUUGGGGGGUGUUUUUUUUUGGGGGAGUUUGUUGAAACCAAAAAAAAAGAAAAGCGACCGUUGCGCAAGGAAAGUACGGUAUGAAGACUAGAUAAAUAUACCAACAUCAUUAAUUAAACAUUAUACAAAGUUUGAGCACAUCUCACACAUGCAUAUGUACAUCCCCCUCUCCCCCCCCCCCCCUUCCCUCCCCGCUCGAACGGUGGCCAUUUUUGAGACGAAAGACGAAAAGACUAGCAGAGUGUAGCGCUUAGGUUAGGAAGGUUGUGUUUGUGUGUGUGUGAGAGCGAAUAAGUGACGUUUUGAGUGAAUGGGAAUUGGUGGAUUGUUUUUGUUUCAACAAAACCUAACCAAACCAAACACAGCAACAAAAAAAAAAUAUGCAAGCAAGAGCGUGGGUACGAAUGUAUGCGUAUUGUGCAUAGGACUAGGAUAUGAAAACCCGUGAACAGAAUAGACUGGAUGAUUUCCCAAAUUGAAGAAACCGUUAAAUCUUUAGAGUUGUAAGCAUCGCUAACUAGUAGUCGUGAAUCUUAUAAGUAAGCGGAGAAAGAAGAAGAAGAAUGUUGAAAUGAAGAAAAAGUGAAGAAAAAGGCGGUAAUAUUAAGCGCGCAGUAAGGAACUGAAUGGAAGACCAAGCUAACAUAACUGUAUGUGCGUGUGUUUGUGCACACACACGGCACACACAUACAGCAAUCGUAUCUAAAAAAAACUUUACUAACUGAAAGUGUAACAAAAUCGCCCAGUGGCUGUUUUCUUUGAUUGCAUUUACCUGGUGAGCGGAACGUGUCUCACGUGUCACGCCCCUUUUUGAUCGUAUCGACCGAUCGGAAGCCAUUUUGAAGGACGUUUUGUGAGUAAAAGGAAAAAAGAAGAAGAAAAGAUUAGCAUGUAAAUCAUCCCCUCCUUUCCACCCCACCAAUCCCAUACACCCCUUUUGCCAAUAUCUACAACCAUACACUAUUUGUCGUCGUAUUUGCGUGCUGCGUAUUUAGGGCUUUUUUGUUUUGUAAGAGGUUAGAGCUCCUA